UCUCCAUUUUUGCAUUGUGCAUUCUAAGAGCAUAACUACUAACUAGUCAUCAAAGGAGAACCUAGCUAGCCAUCUUGCAUAACCUUUUUUUUUUUUUUGCUUAAAUUAAUUUCGAAAGGGGUCUUCAUCAUCAUGGAGAUGAUCUGGGUUCGAACCAUGGCGCUGAUCACGGCGGCUUGCAUGCUUCUUCCUCUAUCGGCCGAAGCCAUGGUUCGCCACUACAAGUUCAAUGUGGUGAUGAAGAAUGCAACAAGAUUGUGUUCCACAAAGCCCAUAGUAACCAUAAAUGGGAAAUUCCCAGGCCCCACAAUCUAUGCUAGGGAAGAUGACACUGUUUUGGUUAAAGUUGUUAACCAUGUCAAAUACAAUGUUAGCAUCCACUGGCAUGGGGUGAGGCAGUUGAGGACUGGUUGGGCCGAUGGGCCGGCUUACAUAACCCAGUGUCCGAUUCAACCAGGCCAUGUUUAUGUUUACAAUUUUACCCUCACAGGGCAGAGAGGUACCCUUUGGUGGCAUGCACAUAUCUUAUGGCUUAGGGCCACUGUCCAUGGUGCCAUUGUUAUUCUGCCCAAGAUUGGAGUUCCUUACCCUUUUCCAAGACCUCAUAUGGAACAAGUUAUAGUAUUGAGUGAAUGGUGGAAAUCAGAUACUGAAGCUGUAAUUAACCAAGCUUUGAAAUCUGGAUUGGCUCCAAAUGUUUCAGAUGCCCACACAAUAAAUGGCCAUUCAGGACCUAUUCAGCAUUGUGCUUCACAAGGAGGAUUCAAGAUCCAAGUUGAAGCUGGAAGAACUUACUUACUAAGAAUCAUCAAUGCUGCACUGAAUGAAGAGCUGUUCUUCAAGGUUGCAGGGCACAAACUCACGGUGGUGGAGGUGGACGCCGUGUACACAAAACCAUUGAAGACAGACACCAUAGUGAUAGCACCUGGCCAAACCACAAACGUUCUGUUAAAGGCGAAUCGAGCGGCCGGCAAGUACAUGGUAGCAGCAUCACCAUUCAUGGACUCUCCAAUCGCAGUGGACAACGUAACCGCCACUGCGAUGUUACACUACAGCAGCUCAUUAGGUUCCACCAUAACCACCCUGGCUUCCCUUCCCGCCAAAAAUGCCACCCCAAUCGCCACGAAUUUCGUCGACUCGCUGAGAAGCUUGAACUCCAAGGAAUACCCUGCAAGAGUGCCAUUGGAGCUUGAUCACUCAUUGUUCUUCACCGUUAGCCUCGGCGUCAACCCGUGCGCCACUUGCGUCAACGGAAGCAGAGUAGUUGCUGCCAUAAACAAUGUAACCUUUCUUAUGCCAAGAAUUUCUCUUCUAAACGCACAUUUCUUUAGUAUAAGUGGCGUCUUCAGUGACGAUUUUCCGGCGAAGCCUCCGGUGGUGUAUGACUUCACGGGCAAGAAACAGCCGGCGAAUUUGAGGACUGAUAGAGGGACGAGGGUGUACAGACUUGCUUACAACGAAACGGUUCAGAUAGUGUUGCAAGAUACCGGAAUGAUAACGCCGGAGAACCAUCCUAUUCAUCUCCAUGGAUUCAAUUUCUUUGUUGUUGGUACUGGAAAGGGGAAUUUCAAUGCCAAAAGGGAUGCUAAAAAGUUUAACCUUGUUGAUCCUGUGGAGAGAAACACUGUUAGUGUUCCAUCUGGUGGCUGGGCCGCUAUAAGGUUCAGGGCUGAUAAUCCAGGUGUUUGGUUUAUGCACUGCCAUUUGGAAGUUCAUACAACAUGGGGAUUGAAAAUGGCCUUUGUGGUUGACAAUGGUAAAGGACCAAAUGAAUCUUUACUACCUCCUCCAAGUGACCUACCCAAGUGCUAAGAAGAGUAGCAGUGGUUAUAUAUAAUGGUAAAAAUUUAUAUACAGUUGUCUGCAUAUAAAAUUAAUAAUUAAAAAUUAUUAAAUAAUUUAACAUAUUUGAUUAAGUUGUCAUAUAAUAAUUUUUAAUUAUUAAUUUUAUAUAAAGACAACUAUAAAUAAAUUUUUACUGUAUAUAAAAGCUUUUGCCUGUGGAGGGAUAAGGGGAAAUGUACAAAGGGAAUCAUCAAGGAUAAUUCUCUUGCAUUGUUGAGUCAAAGGGAUAAAACAUAAGUUGCUAAUAGCAAGUUAGAAACAUAUAUAAGACCAAUUAACAUGCUUUUAA